UGGAACUUAAUAUAUUUUGGAACAAUAAUUGAAGCAAGAGUAACCUAUUUUAUGUACGGUGGAACUUCAAAGCAUCAACGGGGCUAGACAACAUAGAGAUACAUAUACGUACAUACAUGUAUGGUAUGUAUACAGAGGGAUUGACUGGGCAAUGGGAAAUACAACACAGACAUCCAAUGGUAUGAUUUCCAGGCCGAAACUAAUUUGCUCAUACUGAAACGACUUGAUUGACUUGGCAAUGGGAAAUAUAUUACGUAGUACUAGAAUGUAUUCACACCCACCGACACACAAAUGCAAGAGAAGGUGGGAGGAAGCUAGUUUAACUAACUAGAAAAAUAGCUUAUUUAAUCAGCUAGUUAGCAAAUUACAGACGCUGGAAGAAGCUACCUAGCUUAAUUGGUCGAGAAUGGGUAGAUUAUUAUUGUUAUGGGUGUCUACCCAAGCCGCGGCAAUGGCAGUGGGGGUGAGUUGCUGCUUGCUGCUGCUGGCCAUGAGUGGGGGUGCUGCUGCUGCCGUACCAAAAUGCAUCGAUGGGUAGAGAGAAGUGCUCCUCAAGUUCAAGCACACCAUUGUUGACAAGAAGGACAAGCUACGCUCCUGGGGCAACCACAGUGAAGAUUGCUGCCGCGGUUGGGAGGGGGUUGGGUGUGAUGACGCUACUGGCCAUGUCACCAACAUCCAUCUUUUUUAUAUGUAUCUGUCCGCGAAAGAUGGUAUGCACACCACAAGCCUUCCAUUUUGGAAACCGCACGAUGCCUGCCCUUACUUAUCUUGAUCUCAGCUAUAACAAGUUACAAGGUUCCAUUCCUGAAUAUUUUGGAAACAACAUGCUUGCGCUCACACACCUCGAUCUCGGAGAUAAUUUAUUUGACGGCUUCAUUCCUGACACACUCGGAAAUAUGGUCAAGUUGACUUACCUUAGUCUGCAAAGGAAUAGGUUGGAAGGUCACAUUCCUGAAGCUCUAGGGAACAUGUCUGUCCUUGAAGAGCUUAACCUUUGGGGUAAUGAAAAACUACAAGGAGAAAUCCCCAAAUCCAUUUGGAACAUAUGCACUCUGCAAGACCUGGACAUGGGAUCCAACCGUCUUAAUGGAAGCCUAACCAUAUCGACAUUAUGUCCAAAUCACCCUCUCAAGAGACUACACUUAGACAACAACCGACUCAUGGGGCUAUUUCCCAAUCUUACGCUUUUCCCCUCUUUGGCCGUAUUAUCUUUGUCGCAUAACCUCCUAGGUGGGUUCAUUUCUGAACAUCACUUUCUUAACCUCUGCGAACUAACCUACCUGGAAUUAUCUUCAAACAAUUUCACUUUCAAUGUCUCCUCUGCUUGGCGUCCGCCUUUCCAAUUGCAAUUCAUAUACCUUAGGUCUUGCAAGUUGGGGCCUGAGUUUCCGAAUUGGCUUAGAACUCAAGUCAACUACACGGAGCUUGACAUUUCCAAUAGCGCUAUCUCAGGUUCAAUCCCCUCCUGGUUUUGGAAUAAUCCUAUUACUGGCUUUUUGCAAAUUAAUAUUUCUAAUAACGGAAUCAAGGGAAUAAUUGCAAUUGACGCUCAAGCAUCAAUCCAGGGUGGUGUACUAGAUAUGCGCUCCAAUCAAUUAGAAGGUGUCAUUCCACCCUCUUUCUUCAACGUGGCUGUACUGCACCUUUCUCGGAAUAAAUUCAUCGACCUCAACUCCUUAUGUGACAUUGAGGCACAUGCUGGUGUGGAGCUUUUGGAUAUCUCAUUCAAUCAACUCUCAGGAACUCUUCCCGAUUGCUGGUCAAGUCUCUCUAGCCUGCGAGUUCUCAACUUGGGAAACAAUCACAAUCUAUCAGGAACUCUUCCAACUUCCAUUGGUUCAUUGACUUCCUUGAAGGCAUUGCAUCUUGAACAUAACAAAUUUACAAGCACUCUACCUUCAUCCAUGAAAAACUGCUCCAGCUUGGUAUCUUUAGAUCUGGGACACAACGACUUGUUUGGAUCAAUACCAGAUUGGGUGGGUGAAAGUCUAACACAACUUGUGAUACUUGUGCUAACAUCGAACAACUUCCAUGCAAGUGUACCCACAAGUAUGUGUCAUCUCCAGUCUCUUCAGGUGUUAGACCUUUCCAUGAACCACAUCUCGGGGACUCUUCCCAACUGUAUUUCUAAUCUCACUCGAAUGAUGACUGUAUUAAAAGGAGAUGACAUUGCCACCAUUAAUUAUCACUUACCCAUCAAUUACUCUGCUCCAGAUAAUCAUUUUAUGUUCAUGGGUGAAGUUGAGAGAAUAGAAUUUGUAUGGAAAGGUAUGAUCAAAGAAUUUGGAAGUAUAUUAGGUUAUGUGCAGAGCAUUGAUCUAUCAUCCAACAUGUUGAGUGGUUACAUUCCAACUGAAAUCACAUCGCUUGUUGGGUUGGCCUCGUUGAACUUAUCACGAAACAAUCUAAAGGGGCAGAUUCCUUCGAGGAUUGGUAACUUGUCACAUUUAAAUACUCUUGAUUUGUCUAGUAACCAUUUGUCUGGUAGCAUUCCUCAAAGCCUUGCCCUGAUUUACGGGAUAGGGAAUCUCAAUGUGUCCAACAAUAACUUAUCUGGAAGAAUUCCCAAAGGCACACAACUUCAGAGCUUUAAUGCAAGUGUAUACAUGGGGAAUCCCGCGCUAUGUGGAGAUCCACUCCCCAAUAGCUGUGCAGGAGAAGAGUCAACUUAUCCUUCCCCUCCCGGAUCCAAUGAAGAAGAAGAAGAAUAUAAGCUUUUUGGGAGUGAGUUUUACGCAAGCAUGGGGGUCGGAUAUGUUGUUGGGUUUUGGGGAGUUCUUGGGACAAUGCUAUUUAAUAGGUCCUGCAGGUUUGCAUUUUUCAAUAUCCUCAGCGAUAUUGCUGAUUGGACUUAUGUCGUGGCUGCAACGCACAAGGCAAAGUUCGUGAGAUCACUUGGUGGUUUACAGAUUUAGAGCUUCAAAUAUUUGUAGGGUGAUGAGGAGGAGUUUGGUACUUCAGGAGUUCAGGGUAAACAUAAAUCACUCAGAGGAUGAGACUUGAGAGGAAUACUAAGAUGCAGCAGAUUUGAUUGAUGAGGAGGAGAUCUCAUAUUUAUAGGCAAUAUAGUUUUGUUUUUGUUUCCAUUUUAUUAACUAGGUGUAUUAAAGUCAUCAUCUCCAUGAGACUUUUUUCUGCUUAAUAUUUUUGUGAUCUUUUUAGAUUAAAAAUAAUAGAAUUAGUAUAUACUCCUUGAAUAUUCUAAUUACUUUACUUUGUA